AUGCUGCGCCGAAGAAUGGGAUACGCCGACCCGUCGUCGGGUAAAGAUAUACUCGGCAACCGAUCUCUUUGUUUCAUAUUUAUUUGCGCAUUUGGACUCGUCACACUAUUACAGCAGAUUCUCUAUGGCAAGAACUACAUCAAGAGUGCGCAACAGUUUAGCCGACUCAAAGGGGACGAGACAGGAAAUUGGACCGGUCCCGUUAAUUUCUCGGAUGACGGAUCUCUGAAGCCUGCCAGAAAUGGAAGGAAAAGAUGUUUCCGUCAGAAUUUUCAGCCAGAUUCACAGAGCUCCGUAAUAGUCACACCCUGCCUAGCCGAUAUUAAGAAGAACAAACGCUCUCAAAGGUAUUUGGAAAACUAUGAUGGCUCCUUUGAGUACAACUCCACCACAUGCAGGGAGCUCAGACAGGAGAUUAUGGAUGUCAAAGUCCUGACAAUGGUGAAAACCUCAGAGCUGUUUGAGAGAUGGAGAAACCUGCAGGUGUGCAGGUGGGAGCAGAGCAAAGAGGAGACCAGCAACUUCAAGAUGUCUCUGUCUCGCUGCUGUAAUGCUCCUUCCUUUUUAUUCACCACCAAGAGGAACACUCCUGCAGGGACCAAGUUGAGAUAUGAAGUGGACACCAGUGGCAUCCUUCCCAUCACCACUGAGGUCUUCAAGAUGUUCCCAGAUGAUAUGCCGUAUUCCAAAUCACAGUACAAGAAAUGUGCUGUCAUUGGAAACGGUGGCAUCAUCAAGAACAGCAAAUGUGGAAAGGAAAUUGACUCAGCAGAUUUUGUGUUUAGAUGCAACAUACCACCCAUUAAUGAGAAGUACUCAGCUGAUGUUGGCACUAAAACAGAUCUGGUGACAAUAAAUCCAAGCAUUAUUACUGAGAGGUUUCAGAAGCUGGAGAAAUGGCGGAGACCAUUUUACGAAGUACUCCAGAAUUAUGAGAACUCGUCGGUGGUUCUCCCUGCCUUCUAUAACACCCGCAACACCGAUGUAUCUUUCAGAGUCAAGUAUAUGCUGGAUGACUUCGAUUCACAGAGAGGCGUGUUCUUCUUCCACCCACAGUACCUGCUCAACGUGCAGCGUUUCUGGGCGGUGCAGGGCGUCCGGGCCAAGCGCCUCAGCAGCGGCCUGAUGCUCGUCACCGCAGCAUUAGAGAUGUGUGAGGAAGUACACCUCUACGGUUUCUGGGCAUUUCCCAUGAACCCAUCUGGUAUCUUCAUCACUCACCAUUACUACGACAACGUCAAGCCACGGCCAGGUUUCCACGCGAUGCCGCAUGAAAUUUUCAACUUCAUUCACAUGCAUACUCGUGGGAUCAUUAAUGUACACACAGGGCAGUGCACGUGAUCCCUCAUUCCUUUGAUUUAACGUGAAAGUUCAACAUUUCACUUUGUUUUUUUGUUGUCUUUUAUUUCAGUGAAUGACAGUUCACUAUUUCUUCCCUAUUAAAAAAAGAGAGUUGGCCUUCGAAGUGUACACUUCCUUG